AUGUCUGACGUCGAAUACAACGCCGAGGAGGCUGCCGAGAUCAAGAAGAGAAGACAGUUCCGCAAGUUUACCUACCGCGGAAUCGACCUCGACCAGCUCCUCGACCUCUCCUCCGAACAGCUCCGUGAUGUCGUUCACGCUCGUGCCCGCAGACGCUUCAACCGCGGUCUGAAGCGCAAGCCCAUGGGUCUCAUCAAGAAGCUUCGCAAGGCCAAGCAGGAGGCCAAGCCGAACGAGAAGCCCGACCUCGUCAAGACUCACCUCCGUGACAUGAUCGUCGUCCCCGAGAUGAUUGGCUCCGUCAUUGGUAUCUACUCCGGUAAGGAGUUCAACCAGAUCGAAGUCAAGCCUGAGAUGGUUGGUCACUACCUUGGUGAAUUCUCUAUCUCUUACAAGCCCGUCAAGCACGGUCGUCCCGGUAUUGGUGCCACCCACUCUUCUCGUUUCAUUCCCCUCAAGUAA